CUAUGAUCGUAAAUAUUACUUUUUACUGAUUAGAACCCAUAUAACUUGAAUUUUAAAAUUUAUAAUUAAAUAAAUGCGUAUAGAUCUGUGGGUUUUAAUUGAUCAUUGAACAAUCUUAAUAUUGGUGUAAAAAUAAUCUUGUUGUUGAAAAAGGAUUAUAUUAUUUGUUAGUUAUUUAUUUUCAAUCAAAUAAAAUGGAUACAAAUGAAACUGAUGGAGGUAAUGGAAAUGUAGAAACUAAAAAGAUAGAAGAAAAAGGUACUGAAAAUGUGGACGAAAAUGGAGUAAAAUAUAUUAUUUAUGAAGAAAAUCAAGUGGAAAUAAAUGAAAAUGCUGAAGAGUUAGAUUUAAAUCAUCAAAGACUGGAUAAAAUUGAAAAUUUUGAAAACAUGCUAAGUCUUCGUUCUUUAUGUCUUCGUUGGAAUCACAUAAAAAAAAUUGAAAACAUUGAAAUGCUUGUUUCUCUUAGUGAACUUGAUUUGUAUGAUAAUCAAAUAACUAAAAUUGAAAAUCUGUCUAGUCUUGUUAACUUGAAAGUGCUUGAUUUGUCAUUCAAUCGUAUAAAAGAAAUUGAAGGUCUUGAACAGUUGAUCAAUUUAGAAAAAUUGUAUUUAUCCAGUAAUCGAAUAACUAAAAUUAAAAAUGUUAAUCAUUUAUUAAAUCUACAGAUGUUGGAAUUGGGAGAUAAUAAGAUUAAGACAAUUGAAAAUAUUGAAUGUCUCACUGGUCUUACAGAAUUAUACCUUGGAAAAAAUAAAAUUGAUAAAAUACAAAAUUUAGAUAUAUUGGUCAACUUAAAAAUAUUGAGCUUACAAAAUAACAGUUUAACCAAAAUUGAAAAUCUUAAUAAGUUGAUAAAGUUGGAUGAAUUGUAUAUAUCAGAAAAUGGAAUCACUGUUAUUGAAAAUCUCAAUGAUAAUAUUAAUCUUGGAACUCUAGAUUUGUCUAUGAAUAAAAUUUCUAAAAUUGAAAAUAUAACACAUUUACAAAAAUUAAAAGAAUUUUGGAUUAAUGACAACCAAAUAACUGAUUGGAAUAGUGUUCAAAUUUUGGAACAUUUGAAGAAACUAGAAACUAUAUACUUGGAACAUAAUCCAUUAAGCAAGGACACUGCAUAUAGAAGAAAAAUUAAAUUAAUAAUGCCAUGGAUUACUCAAAUUGAUGCUACUUUGGCUCGAUAAAUUAUUUAAAUUGACUAAAAAGCUUAUUUAAAUUAAGUAACUUACUAAUAGCAUUAUACAAUGUU